AUGGUCCCUACCAGAAGUUGGCUCGCUUUGCUCCUUUCUUGUCUCGCCCGCGCCCAGGUUGCUGGCACUGAGCGCUGUGCCACUCCGUGUCCGGCCUCGUGCCCAGAGAAGCCGGUCUGCGCGCCCGGGGUGAACGUGGCGAAGGACCACUGCUCCUGCUGUUUGGUGUGCGCCCGCCAGCGCGGCGAGAGCUGCUCCGACCUGUCGCCGUGCCAGGCGGGCAGCGGCCUCUUCUGCGACCGCAGCGCCGACCCCAGCAACAGAACUGGCAUCUGCAUGGCGGUAGUAGGAGAUAACUGUGUGUUUGCUGGGAUCAUUUAUCAAAGUGGAGUGACCUUCCAGCCAAACUGCCAAUUUCAAUGUACCUGCCAAGAUGGGCAGGUGGCCUGCGUGCCCCGCUGUGACGAGGAUGUGCUAAUGCCCGGCCCAGAAUGCCCAGUUCCAAGAAAAAUCAAAGUACCUGGGGAAUGCUGUGAAAAGUGGGUCUGUGACUCCAAUGAAACUUUACCAGAUUUCCUCACUCUUCCAGCCUACAGGUCAGAAGCCACUGUUGGAGUAGUCUCUGAUUCAAGUGUAAACUGCAUUGAACAGACCACAGAGUGGAGUGCAUGUUCGAAAAGCUGUGGCAUGGGUAUCUCCACUCGGGUCACCAACAAGAAUCAACAGUGUGAGAUGGUAAAGCAGAUUCGGCUCUGCAUGGUAAGACCUUGUGGACAAGAACACAGACAACCCAAAGUCAAGAAGGGCAAAAAGUGUCUUCGCACCAUGAAGCCCCCCAAUGCCAUCCACCUACAUUUUGACAACUGCACAAGCCUGGACACCUACAAACCCAGGUUUUGUGGUAUGUGCAGUGAUGGUCGCUGCUGUACUCCCCACAACACCAGAACCAUGUCUGUGGACUUCGAAUGCUUCCCAGGACAGUUCAUCAGGAAACCAGUGAUGCUGAUCCGGACCUGCACAUGCCACUCCAACUGUCCUCAGAACAACGAAGCCUUUAUCCAAGACUUGAGGCCAAACACUCACAGAGGGGGAAUAUAAUGGAUUCCUCAAGAAGCCAACUCCAAUGAAGCAUGACCACCACUGAAUGAAUAUACCAGAUAAUGAACUAUCUGUAUUUUACCCCUGAGUUUUAUGUCUUUUCUGUGGUCAUGGGAGGUCAGUUAUAUCUGUCUUUUUCUUUAAUGAAAGAUCAGUUGACUAUAAACUUUGAAUCAAAGUAAGCUCAUGAUAUGACUUUGGGUUGACUUAGUUUUCUGUAGUAUUUGCUACAAAUGAAGAUUUCUAUAGUUUUAAGAAAUCUGAUAAUAGAUCUGACAUUGUAGACUUUAUUAUGUUGCAUUCAGCAUUUUAUAUAUUGAUGCAAUUACAUGAAAAUAUACUGUAAGAAAUGACACAGUUUGAAGUCCGGAAUCAUACUUAACCUAUCUUUUAUAUCACAUAUUGAAGUUUGGCUGGAGAAUUCUCUUGAGUUCUGUUUUCGAGUAGGCUCAACUCUGAAAUGUCAAGUCCCAGGUUUGAAGGAACAUCUUCUACAUGAAGUUCAGAGACUCUUGGUUUUCUGUUAGUUGUAUCUAUAAUAGGGAACAUGCUAUAACUACAUUAAUGAAAUAUUUGUUAAUUACCUGAACAUUUCAAGUUCCAUUUGAAGUAAACCAACUCCUUUCCAACAGAAAGAAGCUAAUAGAAAACUCCCAUGGAUAUAGAUAUGCCUGGGCCUGCUCAGCGCUGAUAGAUCAACUUGAGGCUAAUGGGACUCACUUGUGUUUGUUUAUUUUUAAAUUCAGAAGAAGCAGAGCACAAUAGCACUGAGCCUCUUAUUUUACUUGUAAUAAAACUGCGGCUAAAAACCCUGACUACAACCUUUCAUGAUUUUCAAAUGUGCUUAAAAUAAAUUCUGGAAAAGAAAAACAGAAGAGCUCUGGGGAUCAGAGAUUGAAUAUAUGCUUCAUGCAUCUGAGGCCUUGAUUAAAAUCACUGUCACUGUGCACACACAGUUCCCCCUCUCCCUGCAAAAAAAAAAAAAUCAACAACUAUGGUGACAGGGUCCCACAAACUUUAUGGUGUUUAGAGUUAUUGUAGAUAUUUCCAAAACUUAUCCCAGUAUCAUAUUAUGCAAACUCAUCCACAAAAUGCAUGUAUAUACUUGCAUGUAUCAGAUUGGUGGGUUACAAGAUAGUUGACAAACUUAAAUGUAUACAUUCUUCUAAUGUCAUCAGACACUCUCCACCUUUCUUCUGAAAAGUAUUUAUAUAAAUUAUGUAAAAAUUUCCAUACUUGUUAGACAUCACUAAAUAAAUGUUAUCUUUGUCAA